AAAUGUAGUGAUAAGUUACACUUCUUUGCUCUUUGAAUCUACCUCAAUUCUUCUUCUUCAUCUUUUUCAUUCUUGUAGCGAGCAACAUACUUGUGAUACUACUCCUCAAGAUCUUUCUCUAGCUUCUCUGUGAACUCACUCGUAUGUUCAAGCUGCUACAUAUAAAUGUUAUCACAAAGCAACUCUAGGUUCACUUGAACAUGCUAGUAAUCAACUACAAACGACUGCGUUUAAUUCUGCCUUGGGUUAAUCUAAGAAUACUGCCAAAAUGGGUUAUAGUGGGCGUCAUGUACACACACUCGUGGGCCUUAAACAGUAAUCAUCUGGAAACGACGGCGUUUACUUUAUUUCCCUUCGCUUCUCUAAACUAGCCGGAGCCACCACCGUGAGAGAGAAGAGAAGAGAGGAGAAAUAUAAAUGAGCGGCGGAGGAAACAACAACGUAGUGAACAAAGUGUUCUACGCGACGUCGUAUCAUCCGAUACAAGCCGGAAGUAUCGACGGAACCGAUGUUGCGCCACAUGAUAACGGCGUCCGUCGAGCUCUCCUCUGUUACAACGCCGGCCUAUAUGAUCCCUCUGGAGAUUCAAAGGCAGCUGGAGAUCCUUACUGUACUUUGUUCGUGGGUCGAAUCUCUCAUCUUACGUCGGAGGAGACUCUUCGUGAGGCUAUGAGUAGAUACGGUAAAGUUAAGAGCUUGCGCUUGGUCAGACACAUUGUGACGGGUGCUUCACGAGGGUAUGCUUUUGUGGAGUAUGAGACUGAGAAGGAGAUGCGUCGUGCUUACGAGGAUGCUCAUCAUUCGUUGAUUGAUGGACGAGAGAUUAUUGUUGAUUAUAAUAGGCAGCAGUUGAUGCCUGGAUGGAUACCAAGAAGAUUAGGAGGUGGACUUGGUGGUAGGAAAGAAUCUGGACAACUUCGUUUUGGAGGACGAGAAAGACCAUUCCGUGCUCCCUUGCGGCCAAUCCCUCAUGAUGAUUUGAAAAAGCUUGGGAUCCAGCUUCCACCAGAGGGAAGAUACAUGUCACGUACUCAGAUACCGUCACCCCCUAGGAGAAAACGAAGUGUCUCUCAUAGAGAGGAAGCAAAUUAUGGGGAAAAGAGUUCUGUAGAAAGGGAAGAAGAGUAUGAAGAGCAGAGGAGUCCUGACAAGAGAGAACGGUCUUAUCACAGUCAUAGAAGACGCAGCAAGGACAGAGAGGAGCGUUACAGAGUAGAGUCUCGAUCUGACAGAGAAGAGAGAAAAGAGAGAUCAAGAGGAAGGGAAGAUAGAUAUGGUGACGACAAGGAAGAAAUUUCUGGGAGCAAAAGAUCAAACCGUGGAGAAGAAGAAGAACGCUCUCACAAACAUCAUAAACACAAGCGUUCUCAUAAGUAGCUAUCUGCCUGUAUUUGGAACUCUUAUUAUUAGGCUAGCUGAUCUAUCUAUACUAUUAAA